AACGAAUCUGUGAUCGCCGUCGUCAAAAUUCAAAGCAAUCCGUGAUCCAUUGCAUGAUCUCCUUGCUGUGAUUUUGGGAUUUCUACUCUCAUGGCGAACCCAGACGUUAAAGAGAUUCUCUGCGAUUGUGUUAUAAACUUGAGAGAGAAUCCGAAGAGGCGAAGGGAGACGGUUUACGUCGGAUGUGGUGCUGGAUUCGGCGGCGAUAGGCCACUGGCGGCUCUCAAACUGCUUCAGAGAGUCGAAGACCUUAAUUAUCUUGUCCUUGAGUGCUUAGCCGAACGCACUUUGGCUGAUCGCUGGCUUUCUAUGGCAUCUGGCGGUGUCGGCUACGAUCCUCGUGUUUCAGAGUGGAUGCAUUUGUUACUACCUUUGGCUGUGGAGAAAGGCACUUGUAUAAUCACUAACAUGGGUGCAAUUGAUCCCUCUGGGGCUCAGAAGAAAGUUCUCGAGGUAGCCAGUGAAUUAGGCCUCACAAUUUCCGUGGCUGUGGCUCAUGAGGUGCACUUUGAAACAGGCUCGGGAUCAUCUUUUGGCGGUCAAUCUUGCUCUGCAGGGGGUACUAGCACUUAUCUUGGAGCAGCUCCUAUUGUUGAAUGCCUGGAGAAAUACCAACCAGACGUGAUAAUUACUUCAAGAGUGGCUGAUGCCGCCUUAUUCUUAGCACCAAUGGUCUAUGAACUAGGUUGGAAUUGGAAUGACUUGGAGCUGCUAGCUCAGGGAACUCUUGCUGGCCACCUGCUGGAGUGCGGUUGUCAGCUCACUGGUGGAUACUUCAUGCAUCCAGGUGACCAGUAUAGAGACAUGGCUUUCCCUCUUCUCCAGGAUUUGUCACUUCCUUAUGCAGAAAUUGGCUAUGACGGUAAAGUAUGUGUAUCAAAGGCUGAAGGUAGUGGUGGGAUUUUAAAUACCAGUACUUGCGCCGAGCAACUUCUGUAUGAAAUUGCUGAUCCUAGUGCCUACAUUACACCUGAUGUGGUAAUUGAUAUUCAAGGCGUUUCUUUCCUUCCCCUGUCAGACUGCAAAGUACAAUGCAGUGGAGCAAAACCAUCUGCUAACACUUCUGUGCCUGAGAAACUCUUGCGGUUAAUUCCAAAGGAGUGUGGUUGGAAAGGAUGGGGAGAGAUAUCUUAUGGAGGACAUGGUUCUAUUCAACGUGCUAAAGCUUCAGAGUUUCUGGUUCGAUCUUGGAUGGAAGAAACCAUUCCUGGUGUUAACCACUGUAUUCUAUCUUAUGUGAUUGGGCUUGAUAGCUUGAAGGCAACAAGCAACGGCACUGAAUCUUGGCAGUCAUGUCGAGAUAUUAGAUUACGUAUGGAUGGUCUUUUCAAACUGAAGGAACAUGCCGUCCAGUUAUCGAAAGAGUUUACUGCUCUAUAUACAAACGGACCAGCUGGUGGUGGUGGAAUUAGUACCGGACACAAGAUGGAAAUUGUUCUUGAAAAGCGUUUGGUCAGCCGUGAAUCUGUAAUGUGGAAAACUGGACUUCAGCACACCAAUACUUCAGAGUCAGAGACCCCUGAACAUCAUUCUCCAGUUGCUCAAGAGAAAAUCCAAAAGAUCCCUAAGGAAAAUCAAAAUAACCUUACAAUGAGAGGCUAUCAAUCUGGAUUCCACCACUCUCCUGCUCCAUCUGGCCAAAAGAUCCCACUCUACUCUGUUGCUCAUAGCCGGGCUGGUGAUAAAGGAAACGACAUAAACUUCUCAAUAAUCCCACAUUAUUCCCCAGAUAUCGAGCGUCUGAAACUCAUAAUAACUCCUCAAUGGGUAAAGCAUGUGAUGUCAGUUCUGUUAUCAACCUCUUCAUUCCUGGAAAUCGAUGCAAAACCAAUCGAUGAAAAUGUGUCAGAGGAUCGAUCGACACGGAAAGACAAUCUCAGAUCUCAUCUUGUGUCAACAAGUUGUGUUGAUCUGACUGACAUGGGUUGCACCACCUCAGAGACAGUUGGCUUAAAGUGCACCCAUUGCAAAGGAACCCUUGUGAUGAGCAACUAUUCCUCCAUGGACGGAGUUUUGUACUGCAAGACUCAUUUCGAGCAACUCUUCAAAGAAUCUGGCAAUUUCAGCAAAAAUUUUCAACCAGGAAAAACUGAGAAGCCGGAGCUGACUAAGACUCCUAGCAAGAUAUCUUCCAUCUUCUGUGGAACACAAGACAAGUGUGCCGCUUGCGAAAAAACUGUUUACCCUCUUGAAAAGAUACAAAUGGAAGGAGAAUGCUUCCACAAGACAUGUUUCCGGUGCGCUCACGGUGGGUGUACGCUCACUCACUCCUCCUACGCCUCUUUAGAUGGCGUUCUCUAUUGCCGGCAUCACUUUAACCAACUCUUCCUCGAGAAAGGAAACUACGCUCACGUCCUCCAAGCUGCCAACCACCGUCGCACAGCCUCAGGCAACACUCUUCCACCGGAACCUACCGAAGACAUCGCCGUGGAGGCCAAGGAAGAGAAUGGCGUUUCACAGUUAAGUUGUCAUGUCAAUGAUUCUCUUGGUAAUGCUGAUAGUAGUAAUGAUCGAAUCGGGGAAUCUUCCGAGAGUAAUGGUGGAACUGAAGCUACAGAUUUGAAAGAAGAAAAAGAUGUUAGAGUCGAAAACGAAACUGAUAGUUUGGAGGAACUCAAGGAGUUACUGCAAAAGGCAAUUACAGAAUUGGAAGUUGCUAGACUCAAUAGUACCAUGUUUGAGGAAAAGGCUCAGAGAAUCUCAGAAAGAGCCAUAGCACUCAAGGAUGAAGCUGCUACCGCUUGGCAUGACGUAAACAAAACCCUUGAUGUCAUUCGAGAUACCGUUGAUGAGGAAUCUCUUGCUAAAGAUGCUGUUCAAAAGGCUACGAUGGCUUUAUCUCUGGCUGAAGCUAGGCUCCAGGUUAUAGUGGAAUCACUUGAAGCAGGUGGAGGGAAUGAUAUUCCACAUGUGUCUGAAGAGACUGAGAACACAGAUGAUGUUAAAGAUAAAGAAGAAGCUCUUUUAGCUGCCAAGGAUGAUAUUAAAGAAUGUCAAUUGAAUUUAGAAAACUGUGAGGCCCAACUGAGUUGUUUGCAGAGCAAAAAAGACGAGCUGCAGAAGGAAGUGGACAAGUUGAAUGAGUUAGCUGAGACAAUACAGAUAAGUGCGUUGAAAGCCGAGGAGGAUGUCGCCAAUAUUAUGAAAUUGGCUGAACAAGCUGUAGCAUUUGAGCUUGAGGCUACUCAACGUGUUAAUGAUGCAGAGAUUGCUUUGCAGAGAGCAGAGAAGUCUCUCUCCAUUUCUCAGACCCCAGAGGAAACUCAGGGCCAACUCUCGGAUGAAGAAACUCACGACGAGGAUGAGGUGGUACUUUCAGGUAACGUUGAAGAUGUUAGCCAUCAGGUUGAAAAAGAAUUACCUAUUGAUGGAGAUCUAUCAGUGGUACAGAACCCAUCUGAUCUUGUGUCUGAUAUAGUUGGUCAGAGGAAUCAGAAACUAGCUCAGCCUUAUGAGUCAAGCGAUAAUGAGAAUGGAAAGCCAAGUGUAGAGUCUUCUAAAGUGGUUGAAGCAGAUUCUGAAAAGCCAAAGAUUAAUGUUCAGACGAAAAAAACAGGAAACACAGAAAGAUCUGCCAAAAGAGGUCUGGUUGGUUCUGUCAAACAGCAAUGGCCCAAGCUAGUUCUUGGGUUUGCUCUUCUUGGAGCAGGACUGACAUUAUACUCCAAUGGAGUAGGGGGGAACAACCAGCUGCUUCAACAGCCAGAUGUUACCAGCACUAGUACAGAAACAGAAGAUAUCUCUUCCAGUACAAAGCCAUUGAUCCGGCAAGUGCAGAAACUUCCCAAGAGAAUUAAGAAACUACUUGAGAUGCUGCCUCACCAGGAGGUCAAUGAGGAAGAAGCUUCCCUUUUUGAUUUUUUGUGGUUACUGCUAGCAAGCGUCAUAUUUGUGCCUCUAUUUCAGAAAAUUCCUGGAGGCAGCCCUGUUCUUGGGUAUUUGGCAGCUGGAAUUCUGAUUGGUCCUUAUGGUCUUUCGAUAAUCCGUAAUGUGCACGGAACCAGGGCCAUCGCAGAAUUUGGAGUUGUUUUCUUGCUUUUCAACAUCGGCCUUGAGCUAUCUGUUGAAAGACUGAGUUCCAUGAAGAAAUAUGUUUUUGGAUUAGGCUCCGCUCAGGUUCUGGUCACAGCAGCAGUAGUUGGAUUGAUUGCCCAUUAUGUUGCUGGUCAGGCUGGUCCAGCAGCAAUAGUGAUUGGAAAUGGCCUGGCUCUGUCCUCCACUGCUGUUGUCCUUCAGGUUCUACAAGAACGAGGUGAGAGUACAUCUAGACAUGGAAGGGCUUCAUUUUCCGUCUUGCUUUUCCAGGAUCUAGCUGUAGUUGUUUUACUGAUUCUCAUCCCACUUAUUUCACCUAAUUCAUCGAAAGGAGGGAUUGGAUUCCAAGCCAUUGCUGAAGCUCUUGGGCUUGCUGCAGUCAAAGCAGCAGUGGCUAUUACUGCCAUAAUUGCUGGUGGCCGUCUUCUUCUUCGACCAAUCUACAAGCAAAUUGCAGAAAAUCGAAACGCCGAGAUAUUCUCUGCCAACACGCUUCUCGUUAUUCUUGGGACUAGUUUACUGACAGCUAGGGCUGGACUUUCCAUGGCAUUAGGAGCGUUUUUGGCUGGUCUACUCCUUGCAGAGACAGAAUUUUCGUUGCAAGUAGAAUCAGAUAUUGCUCCAUAUCGUGGUCUUCUGCUGGGACUCUUCUUCAUGACGGUUGGCAUGUCAAUUGAUCCGAAAUUACUUCUCUCCAACUUCCCUGUCAUAGUGGGAACUUUGGGACUCUUGAUUGUGGGAAAGACUAUGUUAGUCGUGAUUAUGGGAAAAGUGUUUGGCAUUUCAAUUAUAUCUGCAAUUCGAGUCGGUCUACUAUUGGCCCCAGGCGGAGAAUUUGCAUUUGUUGCUUUCGGAGAAGCUGUUAAUCAGGGUAUAAUGUCUCCUCAGUUAUCUUCGUUGCUAUUUCUUGUCGUGGGAAUCUCAAUGGCUAUCACACCCUGGUUAGCUGCUGGUGGCCAGUUAAUUGCAUCUCGAUUUGAGUUGCAUGAUGUUCGAAGUUUAUUGCCUGUUGAGAGUGAGACGGAUGAUUUGCAGGAUCACAUAAUUAUUUGCGGAUUUGGUCGAGUUGGUCAGAUAAUUGCUCAGCUUCUCUCGGAAAGACUUAUCCCAUUUGUUGCCCUCGAUGUCAGCAGUGAUAGAGUGACUAUUGGGCGUUCUUUGGAUCUUCCUGUUUAUUUCGGAGACGCUGGUAGUAGAGAGGUUCUCCACAAAAUUGGAGCUGAGAGAGCAUGUGCUGCUGUGGUUGCCUUAGACGCACCAGGAGCAAACUACAGAUGUGUCUGGGCUUUGAGCAAGUAUUACCCCAAUGUCAAAACUUUUGUCCGUGCACACGAUGUUGUUCAUGGCCUUAAUCUAGAAAAAGCUGGUGCUACUGCGGUUGUCCCGGAGACUCUGGAGCCUAGUCUACAGUUGGCAGCUGCUGUUCUUGCUCAGGCAAAAUUACCGACAUCGGAAAUUGCAAACACGAUUAACGAGUUCAGAACCCGUCACUUGUCUGAACUGACCGAGCUAUGUGAAGCAAGCGGAAGCUCUCUGGGCUAUGGGUACUCGAGGACGACACAAGGCUUGACUUUUCUCUGUCAGUUCAUCAAUUCAAUGGCAGGCACAAGAGUUGCAGUUGUUACUGGUUCCAACAAAGGGAUCGGGUUUGAGACUUGCAGGCAACUAGCUAAAAAUGGGAUAACUGUGAUUCUAACUGCCAGGGAUGAGAACAAGGGUCUUGCUGCUGUCCAAAAGCUCAAGACUGAGAAUGGUUUUUCUGAUCAAGCCAUCUCCUUUCACCCUCUUGAUGUCUCCAACCCAGACACCAUCGCUUCUCUUGCUGCUUUUGUUAAUAAUGCCGGAGUUGGAGGGGCGAAUGUUAAUGUCGAUGUUCUCAAAGCUCAGAUUGCUGAGGCUGGUGCACCAACCGAUAUUUCCAAGAUAAUGAGCGAUACAUAUGAGAUUGUCGAGGAGUGUAUUAAAACAAACUACUAUGGCGUAAAGCGAAUGUGCGAGGCCAUGAUUCCUCUCCUUCAAUCUUCUGAUUCUCCAAGAAUCGUCAGCAUCGCUUCCACCAUGGGAAAGUUAGAGAAUGUUUCAAAUGAAUGGGCAAAAGGAGUGCUGAGUGAUGCUGAGAACCUAACAGAAGAGAAAAUAGAUGAAGUGAUCAAUGAGUACCUCAAGGAUUACAAAGAAGGUGCAUUACAAGUCAAAGGUUGGCCAACAGUAAUGUCCGGAUACAUACUAUCAAAAGCUGCAGUGAUCGCGUUGACACGAGUAUUGGCUAAGCGAAACAAAUCGUUCAUCAUUAACAGUGUUUGUCCUGGUUUCGUAAACACAGAAAUCAAUUUCAACACUGGGAUAUUGAGCGUUGAAGAAGGUGCAGCGAGUCCAGUGAAACUGGCUUUGGUCCCUAAUGGAGACCCAUCUGGCCUUUUCUUUGAUCGCGCCAAUGUCUCCAACUUUUGACUUUUCAAUCUUGUGUGUUCUGUUCUGUCUUGGUUUGUAUAUUUUAUUAUCUCGUCAAUUUAGCUGAAAAUAAAGUGAACCCGAAAUA